CAUCAAGUACAUAGCAACUGCCGGAUUUCUUUCACCUUGUAUUGCAGUGCAGCCAGAACAUUGUAACUGAAAGCAUGGCAGAAGAGGACGGGUGGCGGCGUUCGUCUGGGUAUUAAUUGAUUUAGAUACUGCAGGUCUAAUUGGUGUUUGUUACAAACAACAUUGGUUGUGUGUAUGUGCUGUACAUGUGAUUAUAUGCUGCUUGUACAUGUCUGUACCGAUGACAGAGUUUGAACAGUUUAAUCUUCGAAGACAGAACGCAGUGUAUGAUCUUUGAUACGGUGGUGUCAUGUGAUAAAAACAGGUGUAUUUAGAGACACGGCCCAGCAGAAGGUGUUACUGUGAGCAGGCACUCUCAGCAUGUAAAUGGUUGAUUAAAGGGAGAUUAUUUGUGAUUGAAUUGUAUAUUGCUUGUUCAUGGUCAUUAGCAUUGUCUCUCAUACUUCAUGUUUAUUUUUUAAAAACUGACUACCAAAUUUAGAAUUAGAUUUUGUCAGAUUUUUCCUGCUUUGAAAUCUAAAAAGCCAUUUUAUGUGAUUGAAAGAUUGAUUUUCAUUUGUAAGUUAAAGAAAGCAAAUUAAAAAUGAUGUUAGUAUUUGAAUUCCGAAUGCUGAUGAUGGAAUACUUGUAUAACCAAAUGGACGACAUUGCUAUGUUUUCAGUCGUGGUUAUCGUAAUGCUAGCAGGCGGUCUCUUAAAAACACACAGAAUUGCCUUUAAGUUAACUCCAUUUUACCUUUGGAAAUUUGGAGUUCAUUCUUUCACUUUUGGCAUUUUCAAUAAAAAAUAUUAUAAUGUUUUAAAUUGGGGCAAGAUUCCAACAAUUCACAAGUCACUGAAUAAUAAAAGGAAAAAGUAUACCCUUCAGUUAAGAACAUAUUGCUAUGGCUACAAGCAUCUUCACCAUGGACUUAAAAAGCAUCACUCAUCAAAACGGCACAAUAGGAUGGUUACCCUGUACCGCAAAAUGCCCCUCAAGACCAUGUCUCGGUGGUGGGGUCAGUUCAACGAGCUGUGUCUGCCGGUGUUCCUGCGGCGGCCGAUCCUGGGACUGUACAUCUGGAUGUUCAAUGUCAACCUGGCCGAGGCGCAGGUCGAAAAUCUGAGAGACUACAAGAAUCUGGGCGAGUUCUUCAGACGCACACUCAAACCUAACGUCCGCAUUGUCGACGAUGACCACAUACUCACGAGCCCCGCUGAUGGCAAGAUACUGCACUAUGGCUACGUGCACAACGGGGUCUUGGAACAGGUUAAAGGCAUGACGUACUCGCUACAGGGGUUCUUUGGUCCCAGCAUUGGCAGUACGAACAUGUCAACAGACGGCAUAGAGACGGAGGACGACUACUACAACAGACUGGGGAUCCAGCCCGGCAACCGACUGUUCCACUGUGUUAUCUACCUGGCGCCCGGUGACUACCACCGAUUCCACUCGCCGGCUCACUGGACCAUUCAGCACAGGAGACACUUCCCAGGAGAGUUACUGAGUGUAAAUCCUGGGAUAGCUAGAUGGAUCCAGGGCCUGUUCAACUUCAAUGAACGGGUGGUAUACACGGGAAACUGGGAGCAUGGUUUCUUCUCCCUGACUGCAGUGGGAGCCACCAAUGUUGGUUCUAUCAAAAUAUAUUGUGAUCAGGAUUUAACAACGAACAACAAAAUCAAGUAUUCUGAAGGUACUUACUUUGACUGGAAAUUUCCAGAACCCAUUAGAGUUGAGAAAGGUGAAAUGUUUGGAGAAUUCAACUUGGGUUCGACAAUUGUGCUCAUUUUUGAAGCUCCAAAGAAUUUUGAUUUCAAGAUACAAAAUGAACAAAAAAUUAAAUUUGGACAACCUGUUGGUGACCUAUAAUUAUAAACAAAGUGAAACAAUUCAAUUGGCCCGGUGCUAAGAGAAGACUGUUACAGGUGUACAUCAGUUUAGCUUAGAAUUGUCCAUUUUAAUUUAUUUAAAACAAAUUAAUACAGUGUGUAUAAUCGUGGGUGCUUUUUAAGUUGAGAUGAUUUUAAUAGACUAGUGCCAGAAUAUCUGUAUAUAGGACUGUUCAUAAUUGUCAACAUUUUCUUACAGAAUUUAAUCUUGGUGUUGCAGCACUUAAUUAAAAGUGUGAUUUAACAAGGGAUAUUUCCCCCAAAAAAGUUAUGUUUGAAACAAGACUAACUUAAUACACACACACACACACACGUGUAUGCAUGCACAUACAGACAUACAGAAGUUAGUUUUUACUAUCUUAAGGUUUGUAACUCAUCAGCAUAUAUAUAUUAUGUGCAUAAAUACAAUAUAUAUAUAUACAGUGUGUACAGAGUAGUAGUGGGAAGUGUUCUCUCUUUUUUGACAUAAAAUAUGCAACAAAUCAAUAUUAACAAAUACGCACAAUCACACAUGCAUACACACACACACACACACACACACACACACACACACACACACACACACACACACACACACCAGUAUACGGUUUAUAUGCUCUUGAAAAUACUGACAGUUGUGAACAGCCCCUAAUAUGUCUGUUGCAGAAUGUGUGCAUCGACUCAGUGUACAGGGUAAUCAAAAUUAUUUUUAUUUGAGCUCCUGGUUACCUGUUUAUGUCCAUUUACUGUACAAUAUGUCACUGAGGAAAAUACAACAAUUAUUCCCCAUUUGUCAAAGCAAAUGAGAAUAUUAUAAUACUGCUGUUCAAAUGUAUGUGUGUGCGCAUGUUUUGUUUCUGUGCAUUUCGGUUAUUACUAUUUAUCCUGCAAACACUGUUUGAAUUGAGAGAUUAUGUUGACCAAUUCAAGUAAAGUGAUAAACUGUUGCUAGAAGUUUAUCACUUUUCAAGUGACUCCUUUUUACUUUGGAUUAGAUUUUCAAUUGUUUUGUUGUAUGUAAAAACAGAUUUGCGUCAUGGUAAAUAUAACAAAACAUGCACAUUCAUUGUUUUAAAAAUUUCAGUUACUUCGUAUUUUAACGUAUUUGAUGCAACAUCAUUAUAAUAUGCAAAAAGUUUAAAAUCCACAGACGCACACACAGGCAUAUAUAUAUAUAUAUUUAGGCAGACAUAUAUUUUUGUAAUUAUAAUUACCUAAGUGAAUAGGUUUGGAGGUUUUUUAUUGUUUAUCCUGUGGGUGAUAAAUUCACUAUUUUUGACUAAUUUAAACUAUGACAUUGUUUAUUAUAGGGGGGUUUUGUACUACAAAUUACUGAAUGCUACUGUUCUUUUAAAAUUACUUCAGUCAGUCAAAUUAUUUAUAAUUUUAAUUUUAUUAAUUAAUUUAAAAAUCAUUGACAAUUAGGUACCGUAGAUAAUUUUCAGACAUAUACAUGUAUGUACUAGUUUUUUAAAUUACGAAAUAGAUAUUUGAUUAAUUUGCUUUUUUGUUGUUGUAAACUUGUAUACCGGUAAAUAACAUUUAUUGAAGAAACAUUAUAUGAACUUUGCUUAGUAACACAGGUGUGAAGUACUUCUUUAAACUCGGUGAUUAUAUGAUGUUCACUUGGCAUAUUGACUGUGAUCAGUGUAUUAUUAUGCAUUAUCAUACACAGCAUUUCUAAUAGUAAUCAGUCCAUUGCUACACGUAAAUAAUGAAAAUCAUCGACAGAUGAUUAGUGUAAUUUUUUGUGAUUUGUUUUAUUUCUUGUUUUGUUGUUCAUAUUAUCAUGUUGUCCAAAUAACUGGCUAUGAUUCUCCAUUUACUGUAUUAAUUGUUAGGCUUUUUCUGUUUUCUAGCAACCAUGACAAAAUUUGUUGAUUUUUACUGCAAUUGCAGUUUAUGAACUAUUUUUCAGUUUUAAUGUCCAUAGAACAAUAAAACUUUGGUUUGUAUUUUUAAACAACUUUUAGCUAGUAAAAUAGAUAUUUGUUGGUGAUCAUGUUUGCUUGACAAGUGUCAGAUUUUUAGUUGAUGUAUAUUCCAAUAGCUAAAUAAAAGUGAGGGAAUAUUUUGUUCAGUAUCACGUCGUGAUUCACCACACAAGUUUCAGAGAUUACUACACAAUUUUAAAACAUUAAUUAUAAAUCAAUUUUCAAUUGAGUAGAAAUGUCACUAAUCAUACCUUGAAAACUAAAUGUUGCCUAAAAGGCAGAUUUUUUACAUAACAUAUUUUUCAUUCAGACCGCGAUAUCCAUGUGCACAUGUGCCUUCAUCAACAGUAUUUUCAUAUAUCAAACUCUACACCAUUAAAAAGGAAAUUGUUAUGAUGAAACUUAUGUAGUGUGGAAAACCAAAUAUAUCAAAGUAUUGUAAAUGACACCAAAAUGUGAACAUUUUGUAGGAUGUAUGUGAAAUAUGUGGAUGUUUACAGCAAAAGGGCACGUAUAUAUUGUAUGUCACAAACGUAUUACUGCCAAAAAAAAUUAUGCUUAUGUAAAAGAAUUUAUUUUUCUUAUUAGAUUGCAGAUAACACAAGGCUAUGCAAGUUAAUAGGUUGAGUUAUUUCAAAACUAUUUGUGUUACAUGUAUGUAAUACAUGUAUGUGUAUAAUGAAUUAAUCAAUCAUGCACAAAUCUGAAUAUUGUCAUCUUUGUAAUACUGAUUUUUCUUGUCAAAGAACGGUGGGGUGUUUAUCAUUCUCCUUCUUAAACAUUCCAGUUCAAAAUCAUGUUAUCACCUCACAAUGCACUAUGCAUAUUUGUGUAACAAUGUUAUUUGUUAAAGUUAAAAAUGUUGAAGCCUAAAAGGCCACAAAGAAAAUGCUGUUGCUUGAUUGUAUAAUAUUUGAUUAACUGAAUUUAAAUAAUUAUAAAUAAUUAUGAGUAACUGAAAUACAAAUAUCCGAAUUAUACUAGAGACAAUUGUAUUUGAUGUAUGAACUUUUGUUCUAAAUUAAUACAAUUAAGAAUGCUGAAUUAUGCUAUGAGAAAAUCGUAUUUCAUAUAAAAUGAGCUAUUGUUCAAAAUUAAUAAAAUUUUAAUGUUCUUUGGAAUGUUCUACUGAAUGAACUGCAAAUGUAUGACUGUCAGUUGUCCAAAUGUGGACACUAAACAUGUUUUUUAGCUCUAUGAUUUAUUAAUUGUAGAAUAUCUGGCGUAUAUACAUGUUUUUUAGCUCUAUGAUUUAUUAAUUGUAGAAUAUCUGGCGUAUUAUAUACAUGUAUUAUAUUUUGCAAGAGAGUGUGUUAGGAUUAUUAUUUUUAUUAGAAUUAUUUUACACCAUUUGCAUUAGAGACAGACUAUUUUUUUUAAUGAUCAUUUUAUUUUGGGGUAAGUAGGUUCAAGGAUUUUGGUUAGAGCAAAAAAGAACAAUGUUUGAUGACUUUAUGACCUGGUUAUGUUUUAGCAGAGACUUGGAGGACAAAUAUAAUAUAUUGUGUGAUGAGAUCGGAUUGAUAUUGCUAACUUUUAAAAGGAAAGAAAAUCUUCCUCAAGUUGAAUCAUUUUUAUUUGUUUUUUAAAUCCUUGUACCCACUCUCAAUAUGAAAUGGUCAGUAGCUUAAAUAAUAAACAAUUAUAUACAUUUAAAUUGUUACUGCAAGAUUGAAUUUUCUUACAAAAAUAAUUUAUAAUAAAAAUAUAUCUAAUA